GCCGGCUUCCGUAGGUGGAUGAGGAAUCUGGCGAAGGGUCCAGAAGUAGAAGCGGUUUAUGGAAGUAAGCGUCAAGUCUCAGAAGUUCUCGUGGUUCGGCAGAAAAAAAACGUCACUGUGUGUUUUGUUCUUGGAACAAGGCGAGGGAGGUGUGUGGACGUGGAGUAGUGAGGACACAUGGAGUUCCUGAGGGGAGCGCCGAGGUGGAGGUGUGUGAGGACAAGCAGCUGGGAGUCGGUGCCUUUGGGGUCAGUCAGGAGGGUCGCGCCUUUGUACAACGAUUAAGGCGGUCCCGACUGUCAGGGUGAGGGAUCUUUGCGGAUCUUUCUGCUUGUAAGGGGUGCAGCUGAUAUUUACGACGAAUGCGGCGCCUCGUUCGGGUUCGGGGUUUAAUAUGGGACUCGGUGAAGUUGGAGCCGAGGGUAUGGACAUCGUAGGGGGUGUCUGGUCCAGGUUUCGCAUUAACCCGGGAUGGAGGUCGUCUGUGUUAGUGUUACAGAGGCUUGUGAGGUCUGACACUUCGGAAGCCCAGGACCCCUGGCUGGUGGUGGAGUUGAGGUUGGAACCUGGGCUGCUGGGGCAUAAAGGGUACAGCUCUCGGGCGGUAGUUCAAAUUCUUGAUUUAGGUAAUCACGUCUUUUCUCCUCUAAACCAGUAGUUGGCUAAAUACUGAUGGAGGGACUAAUCCACAACGCCAGUCGGUCUGUGGCUGCUUUCGCGCUGCAAAAGUAAAGUUGAGUGGUUGUGUGGGAGACCUUAUGGCUCACAAAGCUUCACAUACGUGGACACUCUCUGCUUUGCUGACAGCCUGUAUGUUAAGUAUUCACAUCUCUGACAAAGUGAUCAGUUUUCCAGUUUAUUAAUAAGUCAUUGUGGGUUCAGUUCCAGUUCCCAUUGUUAGUGUUAGGAUCGGCACGGAGAUGAGCUAAGGUAUAUGGACCAAUUCUACCCAAGUAUGUAUGUAAAGAAGCCCUGGUGGUGCAGUGGUUAAGAGCCCAGGCUACUAAGAAAAAGGUUGGCAGUUCAAAUCCACCAGCCUGCUCCUUGGAAACCCUAUGUGGGCAGCUCUACUCUGUCCUAUAGGGUCGCUAUGAGUCAGAGUCGACCUGAGGGCGUCAGGUUCAUGUAUGUAAAGGACAUCAUGCUUGGUAAAGUAGAGGAUCAGCGAAGAACGGGAAGACCCUCAAUGAGUUAGACUGACACAGUGGCUCCAAGAGUGGGCUCAAACAAAGUGAGAAUAGUGCAGGACCUGGCUGUAUUUGGUUCUGUUCUACAUAGGGUCACUAUGGGUGGAACAGAUUGGAUGCCACUUAACAACAAACAACAUGUAUGUAAAAAUCUGCUUGUUGGUUUCUUGGUGAGCAUUUUCACUAUUAAAUAGGCAGUACCUUGAAUUGCAUUUUUCAUGCAGAAAAUCGUCUGACAAUAACCUUAAUUUUCUGCCGACUUUUUAAUGUUUAUUCCUUACCCUUAUCGUCACAUCUUGGGUCAGCUCUUCAAUACAAAAUAGCCUUUAGGUCCUGGCUCCCCAAGAGGGAUGAAGUGAAGGAAGGACGAAGAGAUUCCAAGACUUCGUCAUCAUCAUUUCUGUGAAUACCUUUGACCGAAGAUUGAGAUUUUUGAACAGACAUUCAGAUCUGAUCCAGAAAAAACAAAUACAGACCAUACCAGUUAGCGACCAUUUCCCAAAUAUAGAAGAAAAUGAUCCAGGCCCAGGAUCCUGUUAUUACAGGAAUCACUGACAUUCGAUGAUGUGGCUGUGGAAUUCACCUGGGCGGAGUGGCAGCUCCUUGGUCCUGAUCAGAAGGGCCUGUACCGGGACGUGAUGUUGGAGAACUAUAACAACCUCGUGUCAGUGGGGUAUCAAGCUGGCAAACAAGAUGCACUCUCUAAGUGGGAACAGGGAGAAGAACUGUGGACAAUAGAAGAUGAAAUCCACUGUCAAAUCUGUCCAGGAAUCGGGAAAGUUGAUGAUCAUCUCCAGCAUCACAUGCAAAAGCAAAGAAAUCAGAAGUGUGUGGAACAAUACUAUGAACAUAAUGCGUUUGGAAAUAUUUUUAAUCAGAGAAAAAGUAAUUUUCCAUUAAAGCAGCAUCAUGAUAUGUUUGACUUACACAGAAAAACUUUAAAAUCCACUUUAAGUUUAGAUAAGCAAAACAGAAGCUGUGACUUGAAAAACUUUACUGAGUUUAAUGGAGAUGGACAGUCUUUUGUGCGUGAUGAGCGUGAACAACUUCAUACUGAUAAUAAAUUCCAUGAAAGUGUAAAACAAAACAGCAACAAGUCUCAGGUGAUUAAGCAUCAGAGAACUGCUAAAUUAGAGAAAGCCCAUGUAUGCAGUGAAUGUGGGAAGGCCUUCAUCAAAAUGUCUCAGUUCAUUGAUCAUCAGAAGGUUCAUACAGGAGAGAAGCCUCAUGGAUGCAAUAUGUGUGGGAAAGCAUUUUCCAGAAAGUCCAGGCUUAUUGAGCAUCAGAGAAUUCAUGCAGGACUGAAACACUAUGAAUGCAUUGAAUGCGACAAAACAUUUCUGAAGAAAUCACAGCUCAAUAUACAUCAGAAAACUCAUAUGGGAGAGAAACCCCAUACAUGCAAUCAAUGUGGGAAAUCCUUCAUCAAGAAGUGUCGGCUUACUUAUCAUCAGCGAACUCAUACAGGAGAGAAACCUCAUGGGUGCAAUCUAUGUGGGAAAGCCUUUUCUACGAAGUUUAGUCUCUCUACUCAUCAAAAAACUCAUACAGGAGAGAAGCCCUAUACAUGCAGUGAGUGUGGAAAAGCCUUCUUUGAGAAGAGACGUCUUAUUGCACAUCAUCGAACUCAUACUGGAGAGAAACCCUUUACAUGCAAUGAAUGCGGGAAAGGCUUCACUUUGAAGAACAGUCUCAUCACACAUCAGCAAACUCAUAGCAAAGAGAAAUCAUAUACUUGCAGUGAAUGUGGAAAAGGUUUUUCCAUGAAGCACUGUCUCAUCGUACAUCAGCGAACUCAUACUGGAGAGAAACCCUAUAUAUGCAAUGAGUGUGGAAAAGGCUUUCCCCUGAAGAGUCCUCUUAUCAGACAUCAGCGAACACAUACAGGAGAGAAACCUUAUGUAUGUAGUGAAUGUGGAAAAGGCUUCACCAUGAAGAGUGAUCUCAUUGUACAUCAGCGUACUCAUACCGCAGAGAAACCGUAUGUAUGCAGUGAUUGUGGAAAAGGCUUCACUGUGAAGAGCCGUCUGAUUGUACAUCAACGAACUCAUACAGGAGAGAAACCUUAUGUGUGUAAUGAAUGCGGAAAAGGCUUCCCAGCAAAGAUCCGGCUGGUUGGACACCAACGAACUCACACUGGAGAGAAGCCGUUUAUAUGCAAGGAGUGUGGAAAAGGCUUCACCGAGAAGAGCCAUCUCAGUGUACAUCGGCGCACUCAUACUGGAGAGAAACCCUAUAUAUGCAGUGAAUGUGGAAAAGGCUUAACUGGGAAAAGCAUGCUCAUUGCACAUCAGCGAAUUCAUACUGGAGAGAAACCCUAUAAGUGUAAUGAAUGUGGAAAGGGCUUCACUAUGAAGAGCACUCUAGGUAUACAUGAGCGAACUCAUACUGGAGAGGAACCCUACAAAUGCAAUGAAUGUGGUAAAGCGUUCAGGAAGAAGACAUGCCUCAUACAACAUCAGAGAUUUCACACAGGAAAAACUUCCUUUGCGUGUACUGAAUGUGGAAAAUUCUCUUUGCGAAAGUAUGAUCUCAUUACCCAUCAGAGAAUUCACACAGGAGAGAAACCAUAUGAAUGCAGUGUAUGUGGAAAAGCCUUCACCACCAAGUCAGGGCUCAAUGUUCAUCAUCGGAAACAUACAGGAGAGAGGCCCUAUGGAUGCAGCGAUUGUGGGAAAUCUUUUGCCCACUUGUCAAUCCUUGUUAAACACAAGAGAAUGCACACGUAGUCAUUGUGGAAAGCCUGUUUCCAGGUUUGGGUUCCUGAAUAUUAGUAUUUGCACAGAAGAAUAACUGAAUGCAGACAAUGUGGUAGUGUCUUUGGUGAUCAGUUACCUCACGUUAUAUGUCAAAGAAAAUAUGUACAAAUAUAAAAAUCAUUCUUAACGAACCGUUUGUAGGUCAUUUCAUGUCUAAAAAGUAUAUAUUGAGAUGAAUCAUAUGAAUGGACUAGGAAAGACCACAGUGCUACUGUAGUCUUUAUCGUCAGUGUAAUUCAACAUAUUUGGAUGUGUUUACCAAGUUUAUAAGUAGCAUCACAUAGUUUAUGAAACCAACGUAAAUAUGAUUUUCUAUAUGUUUUUAUUUUAAAAUAAGUUUAAAUUCACAAAAACAUACAGAAAUAACCUGGAGAAUUUUAACGUACCCUUUACCCAGCUUCUUCCAAAGAUACCAUCAGUUUUAAAAGGCAUACAUAUUUGUUUUGUUUUCACGUAUACUUUUAAUAAAGUUUAUUUCAUGUAUAUGUGUAAUUAGACAAACAUCUGCAGUACUGUGAAUUACUUAAUAUGGCCCUUUUAGCCAUAGUUUGUACCUCCCACCAGAUGACUGUGUGAUGACUGUACAGAUGAGGUGCUGUGGCCAACCAAUGGGAUUGGAUAGUUGCUCAUAAUGUAAGUAAGGUAGAAGGCACCCUUGUAGGGCGGGGCUGUAAAAAUAAGAUGUAUGGAAUACUAAAGAGAGGAUUGGUCAGUGUUGUCAUCCUGCUACACUUAAAAGAGCAGUCAAUCACAGAGCAAAGGGGCACCUACCACCACCAAGAAAGAAGAGCUAGGAGUGGAGUGUGUCCAUUGAACCCAUGAUCCAUGCAUUGAGACCUAGACCCAGGAGGCAGAUCUGUAACACCACAGACAGCAAGAAGCAGCGACAGUGAAAUGGCAGCAUCAGAAGCAGCCAAACCAGGAGACCAGCAGGAGAUAGUGCAGUGGGCAUCCUGGCCCAGGGAGCAUAAUAGUUACAGUGGGCGUGCUGACCCACAGUGAGGGAGUUGAGUGCCUUUGGGAAACAGGCUUCCUGGUGGAGUGGAGUGGAGUGCCACUGUGCACUUGGUAGUAGAGUUAGGCUCACUGACCCACAGAGCAAGAGAGCUCAGCAUCUUCUGGCCAAGGCUUACUGGCAGAGUGUAGUGCUUCUGGGCACUUAUUGGGAGAGCUAAAAGAGCUUUGUAACUCUUGCCCAAGCACAGCAGAGGCUGAGGGGCCAGAGAAAGUUGUAUGUGUGGGCAAGGCUGGGAAGAGGCUGUCCUGAUUCAAGAACUGUAACCUGAAAGUUCCUGAACCUGAGCAGUAACCUGUUACUUACCUAACCAAAAAAACCCAAACCCAUUGCCAUUGAAUUGAUUUCAACUCUUAGCGAUCCUUAGUAGAAAUGACCCAAAGGGUUUCUAAGAAGUGGCUGGUGGAUUUGAACUACUGACCUUUUGGUUGGCAGCUGAUCCCUUAACCACUGUGCUACCAGGGCCCCGUUACUUUUUUAAUAAACCCCAUAAUUGUGAGUAUUGUCUGUGAGUUCUGUGUGACCAUUGCAGGGAAUUAGCAAAUCCAGCAGAGAAGUAAAGAGUGCUGUGGGAGGGAUGGUUGGUGUCAGAAUUAAGUUAGAGAAGGUCAGAUACUGCUGCCACACCAUCUUUACAACAAAUGAGAUCCAGAAUUGUUAUAUUAACACAAACUCCCUCAUAUUACCUCUUUAUAGUCUCACUCUCUAACCUUUGGCAACCCUUGAUCUGUUUAUACUAAUUUAUCAUUUGUAGAAUUUCAUAAAAAUGGAAUCAGAGCAUAUACUCUCUUAAAGUUGGCUAUUUGACAUUAAGCAAAGUCAACUUUAGUAUCCAUCCAGUGGUUCUCUGUUUCAAUAGUUGUUUUAUUUUUAUUGUUGAGUAAUAAUAUAUGAUAUGGAUGUACCACCAUUUAUUUAUCCAUUCAACCACUGAAGGACAUUAAAGUUUGUAACAAAGUAGUAAUGUCAGAGGUCCUCUAACUUCACAAGGAAGGAGGAGAAUCAAGAUCAGGAUAUGCCCAAAGCUGAUUCCUAUGAGAUGGAGGUCAGACACCUCCUUUCUCCAACUUUUUUAGCAAUUCUGACACCAGGUGUCUUCCCCGUAACGUACUCUACUUCUCUCUUAAGUUUGAUAAUUCGUUGCAGUGGCCACACAGAACUCACAGACCAUACUCACUGUCUUAGUCAUCCAGUGCUGCUAUGACAGAACUACCAAAAGUGGAUGGCUUUAACAAAGAUUUAUUUUCUCACAUUCAGUAGACUAGAAGUCCAAAUUAAGGGCAUCAGCUCCAGGGGAAGACUUUCUGUCAUCUCUGGAGGAAGGUCCUCAUCAAUCUUCCCUUGGACUAGGAGCUUCUCUGUGUAGGAAUCCCUGGGUCCAAAGGAUGCACUCUGCUCCCAGUGCUUCUUUCUUGGUGGUAUGAGGUCCCCCACUCUGUGCUUGCUUCCCUUUUAUCUCUUGAAAGAUAAAAGGUGGUGCAGGCCACACCCCAGGGAAACUCCCUUUCCAUUGGAUCCUAAUCCUCUUUAACCACAGGCAGAGAUUAUGACUUAUAACAGGAAAAUCACAGAGUGGAGGAUAAGCACACAAUACUGGGAAUCAUGGCCUAACCAAGUUAACACAUGUUUUGGGGGGACACAAUUCAAGCCAUGACACUCAUGAUUAUGUGGUUUAUUACAGAGGUAACGGUACAAUUCAGGAUCAAGAUCAACUUGGAAGUAACAAUACAACUCUAGAUAUAGUUCUUCAGUCAGGACGGCUUUCAACCAAGACAGCUCUCAGUUUCUUGGCCAUCCUCACAGGCAGGCCUCAUGCCUGCAGACAGGCCUUGCUCCCAGCGGUGCCUGCCGGGCCCCACUUGGUCUUGGCCUGUGCCAUACUUAGGCAAGUGUUACUGCUCUUUAGCUCUGCCAGCAAGUGCCCAGAGUCACCUCACUCAGCCAGCAAGCAUCCUGCCUGAAGGCACUCAGCUAUCUCGCUCCAUGGGUCAGUGUCCCCACUGCAGACACCAGGAGUCCACCACAGCUGUCUCGCACCAGUUUCAUGGUUUCGUCGUGCUGCCACUGUGCCAUCUUGGACCAUCUCCAGAGUUAGAGUUCUCUCACUCCUUGCUCUAGGAGGUUCUCAGGGCAGGGACCAUGGGUCCGAAGGCCAUACUCUGCUCCCGGCUCUUGAUGGUAGUGAGGUCUCCCUCAAUCUCUGUGGAAUUUCCUCUUUUAAGCCUAGCAUGAUGGCAAAACUGAACCAAUCUCCCCAGUAGGCCACAGGCACCUUAUUUGCAUAGUAACUGACCAGUCCUGCAAGGGUUUUACACUUUUUGCAUAGUAGCCUAACCAAUCCCUUUGCAAGACUGUGACCCAGGCAAUUAUUUUAGCAGAAUUAUAAACCCAAGGCCAGAAAGGCUGUAUAUAAAGAGAAACUUGCACUGCAGAGUUGUUUCUGGGUUUGUUUUUACUUUUUACUGUUACAAAUAAUGACGCUGUACAUUGUUGUAUAAAUGUAUAAAUAUGAGUUUUCAUUUCUCUAGGAUAAGUACUCAGUUCAAAAUGUACUGAUACUAUGUAUUAAAAAAUAUCACAGUUUCACUUUUAAUAUUUAGGACUAUGGUCCAUUUGGAGUUAGUUUUUGUAUAUGGGGUGAGGAGAAAGAAAAUACAUUUUCUUUGCCUAUGGUUUUCUCAUUGUUCUUAAACUAUUUGUUGAAAAUACUUUUUUUCCAUUAAAUUGUUUUUGAAUAUUUGUAAGAAAAAAUUACUUGCCUGUGCAUGUGUGGAUCCAUUUCUUGAUUCUCUGUUCUGUUUUGUUCUGUAUGUCUGUGCCUCUGCUGAUACCAUACCAUCAUGAUUAUUGUAGAUAUAUUUUUAGCUGAAAAACUGAAUAUUCAGAUUCCUCCAGCUUUAUUUUUCUUUUUCAUAAUUAUUUUAUCUGUCUUACUUCCUUUGCCUUUCCAUAUAAAUUUUAGCAUAAGCCUGCCUAUACUGACUCUGGGACAAAGAACUCAGUUUGGCCUUUGUCUUGGUUCCUGAAAGUUAACCCUUGAAAUUUCCCCAGUGAUAUAAGUGUGUUAUUUACAACUGCUAGGUAACAGUUGAAAUUUUGUGCAAACGUGGGGAGUACACAUUAUACGUAGUCAGCUAACCUCAGGAAGAAGGGAGCAUAAUUUAAUCUACCGCACGUUCAAUGAUCCAGUUAAUCGUGAGUAGGCAAUGAAGCCAAUAAAAGGCUUUGAAAAUGGAAGUUAUUUGGCUUCCUGGUUGGUGAGAACAUCUACUUUCAGGAGGGUCCUGGGUCCCUGGAGAGACAAUGGAAGGGCUGCACUGGAGCCCCUCCCAGGGCACAUCCUGUGGGUCUCAUUUUUAUCCUUUCUGGUGAUAACAAAUAGGUAACUAUAAGUAUAGGUUUAAAAAAAGAAAAAAAGCAAACCCACUGCUGUUGAGUUGAUUCCAACUCAUAAUGACCCUAUAGGACCGAACAGAACUGCCCCAUAGGGUUUCCAAAGCUGUAAAUUGUUACGGAAAUAAACUGCUGCAUCUUUUGCCCAAGGAGCAGCUGUUAGCCACACUCUGUUAGCAGCUGAGUUGAUCUAGGGAAUUAAUGAGCCCACAGUGGCACUGAGAGCCAACAAAGGCUGGUGUUUGCCUAUUUGGUGGUCUGAAGGACUGUGCCCUUUUAACUUGUGUGGCUAAAUCAGAAAGGAUGCACAGGCAACCAGUCUGGAGAGAAGGGACUGGUAGGUUAGAAAUUAAGGGGGCUGAGGACCUCCAAGCUUGCAGCUGCUACUCCCUGACCUAGCCCAGGGUGGCUGGGUAUGAGAGAGAGUGUCACUUGGGUGGCUAGUGACACAGGUGGAGAAGCAGGAAGGUGAGGGCUGGAUCCAUUUCCCGAUGGGAACUGGAUUCAUGCUGAUCCUUAGCAAUGAAGGUAGGACUUGCCCACUGGGCCGGUUGCUAUAUGCACCUCCCAAAACUGCAGUGAGUUUAUUGGAAGUGCAUUAAAUCUGUAACUCAAUUUGGGAAGACUUGAUAUUAUUUACUAUGUUGAGUCUUCCAAACUACAAAUAUGAUUCUAUCUUUCCAUUUAAUUUGAUUUUCCUUGAUUUCUUUUAUCAGGUUGUUAUUUUUGUUUGUUUUUAGUUUAUAUAAUAUACAUCCUGUACAUGUCUUGUUAGAGAGCCCCAGUGGCACAAACGGUUAAGCACUUGGCUGCCAACCGAACAGUUGGUGUUUCGAACCCAUCCAUCGGCACUGUGGGAGAAAUACUUGGUGAUCUGCUUCUGGGAAGAUUACAGCCAAGAAAACCUUAUUGGGCAGCUCUGCUGUCACAGGGGGUUGCUAGGAGUUGAAAUCAACUCAGUGGCACACAAUACAACAUGCAUAAGCAUAUCGUAUUUUUGGAGCUAUGGUAAAUGUUACUGUGUUCAUUACAAUCAGCCCUCAGUAUCUGCGAGUUCCACAUCUGGGGAUUCAACCAACUGUAGAUGGAAACUUUUGAAAAAAAAAAAAGGAAAGUCCCCCAAAGCAGAACUUGAAUUUGCUGUGCCCCGAGCACUAUGUUGAAUCUACGCGAAUGAAACCAUGUAUAGGCAUAUCCUGCUAUAGCCUCCUGCCAUUUCACAGAUGCUCAGUCUCUCCUGGCAUAGUGGUUAAGAGCUAUAUCUGGUAACCAAAAGGUAGGCAGUUUGAAUCCACCAGGCGCUCCUUGGAAACCCUAUGGGGCAGUUCUACUCUGUCCUUUAGGGUCGCUAUGAGUCAGAAUUGACUGAUGGCAAUGGGUUUGGUUUUUAGUAUUAUCUCUGAGUCAUGUUUUUAUUUUCUUGCCAUACUUCACUGCCUAGGACUUUCACUAUGUUAAAUAGGAAGAGUGAGAGUGGACAUCCCAGUGAUGUUCAUAAUUUUAGGGCCAAAGCAGUCAAUCUCUCACCAUUAAAUAUAAGUAGUUUUUUUGUACAUCUCUUUACUAGGCUCAAGAAAUUCCCUUGCAAUCCUCAUUGCUGAGACUUUUUUUUGCCUUGAAUGGUGUCAUGGAUGGAAUUAUGUCCCCCAAAAAAUGUGUGUAUCAAUUUGGCUGGGCCAUGAUUCUCAGUAUUGUGUGAUUUUCCUAUAUGCUAUAAAUCCCGCCUCUAUAAUGUUAAGAAAAGACUCUAAAACUUGCUCUUGAAGGUUGAGUAGCUAAAGCAAAAGGAAGAAAUGGUGAAGUAAAAGGACUGAAGAUUGCAAAGGCUGACUUGAGAAGACAAAGUAAGAUAGUAUAAUGGGAAGUGCAAAGGGCUGAAGAUAGAAAACCAACAGAACACACUUGGCAUUUCUCAAGCUGAAAGAACUGAAGAAAAAAUUCAACACUUUAAUUGCAAUACUGAAGGAUUUUACAGGGAAAAUAUUAAAUAAGGCAGGAAGAAUCAGAAGAUGGAAGGAAUAUAUAGAGUCAUUACACUAAAAAGAAUUGGUCGACGUUCAACCAUUUCAGGAGGUAGUAUAUGAUCAGGAACCAAUGGUACUGAAGGAAGACGUCCAAGCUGCACUGAAGGCAUUGGCAAAAAACAAGGCUCCAGGAAUUGAUGGCAUAUCAAUUGACAUGUUUCAACAAAUGGAUGCAAUGCUGGAAGCACUCACUCAUCUAUGCCAAGAAAUUCGGAAGACAGUUUCUUGGCCAACCCACCUGAAGAGAUCUGUAUUUGUGCCUAUUCCCAAGAAAGGUGAUCCAACUAGAUGCAGAAAUUAUCAAACAAUAUCAUUAAUAUCACAUGAAAAUAAAAUUUUGCUGAAGAUCAUUCAAAAGUGGCUGCAGCAGUAUAUCAACAGGGAACUGCCAGAAAUUCAGGCCAGAGUCAGAAGAGGUCAUGGAACUAGGGACACCAUUGCUGAUGUCAGAUGGAUCCUGACUGAAAGCAGAGUAUACCAGAAAAAUGUUUACCUGCGUUUUAUUGACUAUGCAAAGGCAUUCGACUGUGUGGAUCAUAAUAAAUUAUGGAUAAUAUUUCAAAUAAUGAGAAUUCCAGAACACUUAAUUAUGGUCAUGAGGAACCUGUACACAGAUCAAGAGGCAGUCGUUUGAACAGAACAAGGGGAUACUGCAUAGUUUAAAGUCAGGAAAGGUUGCAUCAGGGUUGUAUCCUUUCACCAUACCUAUUCAAUCUGUAUGCGAGCAAAUAAUCUGAGAAGCUGGACUAUAUGAAGAAGAACGGGACAUCAAGAUUGGAGGAAGACUCAUUAACAACAUACGUUAUACAGAUGACACAACCUUGCUUGCUGAAAGUGAAGAGGACUUGAGGCAUUUACUGAUGAGGAUCAAAGACCACAGCCUUCAGUAUGUGUUACACCUCAAUAGGAAAAAAAACAAAAAUCCUCACAGCUGGACUAAUAAACAACAUCACGAUAAAUGGAGAAAAGAUUGAAGUUGUCAAAGAUUUCAUUUCACUUGGAUCCACAAUCAACACCCAUGGAAGCAGCAGUCAAGAAAUCAAAAGACACAUUGCAUUGGGUAAAUCUGCUGCAAAGGACCUCUUCCAAGUGUUGAAAAGCAAAGAUGUCACCUUGAAGACUAACCCAAGCCUGACCCAAGCCAUGGUGUUUCAGUCACCUCAUAUGCAUGCAAAAGCUGGACAAUGAAUAAGGAAGACCAAAGAAGAAUUGACGCCUUUGAAUUGUGGUGUUGGGGAAGAAUAUUGAAUAUGCUAUGCGCUGCCAAAAGAAUGAACAAAUCUGUCUUGGAAGAAAUACAGCCAGACUGCUCCUUAGAAGCCAGAAUAGUGAGACUACAUUUCACAUACUUUGGACAUAUUAUCAGGAGAAAUCAGUCCCUGGAGAAGGACAUCAUGCUUGGUAGAGGGUCAGAGGAAAAGAAGAAGACCCUCAACGAGACAGAUUGACACAGUGGCAGGAACAAUGGCCUCAAACAUUACAACGAUUGUGAGGAUGGUGCAGGACUGGACAGUGUUUUGUUCUGUUGGACACAGGUUGGCUAUGAGUUGGAACUGACUCUAUGGCACCUAACAACAACAACGUUCACAUUAGAGGAGGCCGAGUGAAGGGCAUGUGGUAACUUUGUAUCUGUGCAGCUUUUGUGUGAAUCUAAUUUAUUUCCAAAUUAAAAAGUUUGUUAAAAAAUAGGUUUUCGAGGACUAAUGGACCACAACUACCACAGCCUCCACCAGACUGAGUCCAGCACAACUAGAUGGUGCCUGGUUACCACCACUGACUGUUCUGACAGAGAUCAUAUUAGAGGGUCCCGGACAGAGCUGGAGAAAAAUGUAGAACAAAAUUCAAACUUACAAAAAAAAGUUCAGACUUACUGGUCCAACAGAGAUUGGAGAAAUUCUAAGGGAAUGGCCCCUGGACAAUCUUUUAACUUAGUACUGAAGUCACUCCUUAAGUUCACCCUUCAGCCAAAGCUUAGACAGACCUAUAAAACAAACAAUAACGCAUGUACUUCAACCAUGUAUAGGAGACUAAAUGGGCACACCAGCCCAGCGGCAAG